AAGCCCCAGGCCAGGCCCAAACUGGGUCAUGGUCCCGCUCUUCCCGCUCCUGCUGGCCCAGCUUCCCACCCCGAGGUCUGCCCACGGAUGUGCCCCACACACCAGGCCCGGCUCGGAGCAGUUCAGACUUGAUCCGUGAGAGGCAGAAGGACAAGUGGACCGGCUUGGGCUUUGAAGUCACAGAAGUCCAACUCCGAACCCCAGCCUGAGAACGGAGCAAACUAAGUUCUUCCAGUGCCGGUGCCCUCGAUAUGCUGGGACUCGCUCACCUGCGGAAUCGCCGGUGUCAUCUCCCUCCAUGCCCUAUCCCCUCUGGUCCAGGGAUGGCCUGGCCACCCCUGGGGCCGGGAGACCCCGCUCGGGGAGGCAAGGCUGCUGCUGUGUGUCUGCCCGCAGAAGCUCUGGCUGGCGAGGACUGCCUCUGGUACCUGGACCGGAACGGCUCCUGGCAUCCGGGUUUCAACUGCGAGUUCUUCGCCUUCUGCUGCGGGACCUGCUACCAGCGGUACUGUUGCCGGGACCUGAGCCUGCUCAUCACCGAGAGGCAGCAGAGGCACUGCCUGGCCUUCAGUCCCAAGACCAUAGCGGGCAUCGCCUCGGCCGUGAUCCUCUUCGUGGCCGUGGUCGCCACCACCAUCUGCUGCUUCCUCUGCUCCUGCUGCUACCUCUACCGCCGGCGCCAGCAGCUGCGGAGCCCGUUCGAAGGCCAGGAGAUCCCCAUGACAGGCGUCCCUGUGCAGCCGCUGUGCCCAUACCCCCAGGACCCCAAAGCCGGCCCCGCACCCCCGCAGCCUGGCUUCAUGUACCCACCCAGUGGUCCUGCACCCCAGUAUCCACUCUACCCGGCGGGACCCCCCGUCUACAACCCUGCAGCUCCUCCCCCGUACGUGCCACCCCAGCCCUCCUACCCUGGAGCCUGAGGAGCCAGCUGCGUCUCUGCCGUCCCUCAGGAGGCUGAGCCUCCGCCCGGCCCCGGGGGUGGGCAGGGGCAUUUGCUCGCCAGGCCCCAGGCCCAGCUGCACCCUGAGACCUUCUGGGAAUGGAGCCCCAGGGAGGAGGAACAGGAGCUGAGCUGGGACUCGGCCGUGACUGAGGGGCGGGUGGGGAGGGCCUGGGACACGCGGACUAUUUUUAUCAGGAGUGGGGGAAGGGCGGGAAAGCCUGCAUGGCCCCUGCUUUCUCCAGCCCUUCUCCUCCCAGGACCCCGGGCCAGGAAGGCUGGGCCCCUCCUGUUUGUCUGCC